GAAGUUGUGAAGAUGCAGUCAAAUUCUCAAAUGAGGUUUUUGAAUUUCCUGUUGCCAUGCCAAAAAUAAAUGUGGCAAAUCAGAGUGUGGGCAAUGUCAACUAUGAACUCAGCAGCAUCCUGAGAAUGAAGGAAUGUGAUGUUGCUCGCGUGUGUUGUCCUGAUUCACAUUCUGAAACUAAAGCUCAUUCACAGAAGAGUGUGGAUCUUUAUCCCCUCUGCAAGGAAAUAGGUCUGAAGCUACAUGUAAACAGUCGACCAAACAAAAAACUUGAUAUCAACAAACUGACCAAUGGAGCAAUGACUGAAGUAACAAACUUUACAGAAAAGUUGUGUGGGACAUUUGAGGAGAUUUGUCUGGACGUCCUCGGACACAACUUGGAUCUUGAUUUGCGAAGUGGAAAUUCUGAAGUUGCCAGAAAUGUUCUUGCACGAAUCCCUACUUUAAUGGAGCAAAGGCAUUUAACAACCUGUGUUAAACCCUACAAGAAUUCAAAGGGCACAAGAAAAACAUUCACAACAGUGGCAAAACUGGAUAGCCAGAACAACACAAAUAUAGAUGCAUGUGGUGCUGUCUCUUCCCAGGCUGCAAUCAUUGACCAGAAUGUUGGCAGUUCUUCUGACACUGAACACCAAAAUGAGCUCAGUUUAAAGAUGUGGAAAUUACGGGCCAAUUGUAUUCACCAUAUCCUUUCAAUACCUCAUGAAGAACAUUGCCCACUUUAUUCAUACGCCGGAUGCAAGAAAGCAGGCAUUGAUUUCAAUGUAGGGUCUGGAGUCAAACAAAAUCUUGAUCCCAAAUUACUGACCAAUGGUGUCAUGGUUGAAAUUAGCGCUUUUGCCACAGCAUUGCAAUCAGCCACAAAGUAUUUUAUCACAGAAAUACUGGAAUAUAAUUUUAAUCUUAAUUUGACAAAUGAGCUGGAUCACAAUGCCUUUGCAGAGCAGACUAUGAGAAAAAUUAGAGCAGAAAAUGCAAAAAAGGGCAGGGUAAAACGACGAAUAAAACAGCCUUUUGAACUUCCCAACGUGACGUGCGUACAACAACCAUCUACAUUUUGCCCCAAAUGCUAUCAGUACAGAAAUCAUAAGCUUCAACAAGAUGAACCUGACUUUGUUCGCAUGCAUCGUCCUCGUCCACAUACCAUGACUGACGCAGUCUCUGCUGAUGCAAACUGCACAACACAACAGUCUGCAAAGGAUCCGUCCUCUACCUUCUCAACAAUAGAGGAGAUAAUAAUGGACGGUUACCCUCACUGCAGGGAAAUAGGUUUGAAACUGUGUGUGGACAAAGACCAACCAAAAGAUAAACUGGACAAGCAUGCGUUGACAUGUGGGAUUAUGAGUGAAGUGGUUAGUUUUGCCAAAAAAUUGCAUGCAACAAGACAUAAAAUCAUUAAUGAUGUCCUUGAACACAACUUCAACAUUACCCUGCAGAGCCGAUACUUAGCUGCUUCACAGCUAUUUAGCAGAGUGAUGCCUCUAAAUGAUGCUUGGUUCAGUGAAGUUUUUGUUAUUACGCCAGUUUCUCACAAACAACUGGGACAUGUAGGUAAACUGAAAAGGGCAGCUGCCACACAGAGAAGUGAAAUUAAUGAAGCUAUCAAAAAAAGAAAACUUGCACUGCAGACAAAGGAGGAAAGAGCAACACUGCCAAGUCGUAAUUUAAGUGUCGUAAGAUCAAAGACAAAUCGUCGGAGUAGAGGAAACCCUUAUCCCGUUUGUAAAAAGUUAGGUUUAGAUUUAGACCUGACGUCAAAAUCAGCAGAGAAAGAAAAACUGGACUUGAAGCUAUUGACCAGAGCUGUAGCAAUGGAGAUACAUAACUUUGCAAGUAAGAAAGGAGGACACUCUUUCCCAUGCACUGUGUUUGACAUCCUAAACUAUAACUUUGAUCUUAGCUCACAGCGUUACACGUGCAAGGAAUUUUCAAUAGCUGCUGCAUCCAAAAUCAGUAACAUGGCAAAGCGAUAUCAUAAAAAACUAGACGGACCAGAUGAGGUCUUCAAGUUACCAUUUGUGUUUCGUCCUAAAGCUUCACAAAGAUUUGAAGAAAAGAUACAAAAUCAGAAAAGUGCAAAUUCUUCCCUGGAUAUUGAUAGCAAAUUAGAAUCAAGUUGUGUGGUUAUUUGUGCACCUCUUCUGACCUCCACUAAUGUCUCUUCUGGUUCACCAACUGUAAACUCAAAUGUGAACCCACUAUUUGUAAGUCAACCUGGUAAUAGAGACCUUUUUGGAGGUGAAGAGCAAUCACAGACUCCAAGAAAUGCACCAAAUGACUGUGACAUGGAACAAGAGGAACUGGGAACACAUACCAGCUACACUUGUCCUUUGGGAGAAUCUGAUCUAGACUCAGACGAAGUCUCAGAUUCAGAAAACGCUGGCAAACAGGAAAAUUUACAAAACUCCAGAAGUUGUCCUCUGAGCUCUGACAUCCCAAGAGAAUCAGCAUCAAGUUGUCUGGGUUUUUGUGCACUUCCUCCCACCACCAUUUUACCAACUGUCAACCCAAAUGUGAACCUACCAUUUGCAAGUCAGUCUGAGAAAAGAGGGGUAUCUGGAGGUGAAGAGCAAACACAGACUCCAAGAAAUGCACCAAACGACUGUGACAUGGAACAAGAGGAACUGGGAACAGAGAACAUGUGGAAGUUACGUGCAAACCGUGUUAAACAAAUCCUCUCUGGACUCGACAAACAGUUUGGUUCAUUUAACAGGUCCAAGAAAGUCGGCAUUGAAUUCAAUGUUGGAUUUGGCCCAAAGCAAAACAUCAGUGUGGACUCUUUGACUUAUCCUGUUCUGCUUGAACUUGCUAAAUUUGCCUUAGCAGUUAAUGCAUCUCAGCAGGACUUCAUCAUGGAAAUUCUGGAGUACAACUUUGACUUUGGCCUGCAGAGUCAACACCAGAGGAAUAUCUUCACAUGUGAAUUGAUGAAAAGAGUAAGACAGCUGAGAAGUUGUGAAGAUGCAGUCAAAUUCUCAAAUGAGGUUUUUGAACUUCAUGGUCACAUGCCAACAAUAAAUGUGGCAAUUCCGAGCGUGGGCAAUGUCAAAGAUGAACUCAGCGGCACAUCAGAAAUGGAGGAAUGUGAUGUUGCUCGCGUGUGUUGUCCUGAUUUACAUUCUGAAACUAAAGCUCAUUCACAGAAGAGUGUGGAUCUUUAUCCCCUCUGCAAGGAAAUAGGUCUGAAGCUACAUGUAAACAGUCGACCAAACAAAAAACUGGUGAUCAACAAACUGACCAAUGGAGCAAUGACUGAAGUGACAAACUUUACAGAAAAGUUGUGUGGGACAUUUGAGGAGAUUUGUUUGGAUGUCCUCGGACACAACUUGGAUCUUGAUUUGCAAAGUGGAGAUUCUGAACUUGCUAGAAAUAUUCUCGCAAAAAUUUCUUCAUUAGUGGAGCAAAGGAAUCUAUCAACCUGUGUAAACGCCUGCAAGAAGAUAAAGGGCACAAUGGCCAUACUUGAUUGCCCUAGCAACCCAAAUGUAGAUGCAUGUGGUGCUGUCUCUUCCCAGGCUGCAAUCAUUUACCAAAAUGUAGGCAGUUCUUCUGACAUUGAACACCAACAUGAGCUCAAUUCAAAGAUGUGGAAAUUACGGGCCAAUUGUAUUCACCAUAUCCUCUCAAUACCUCAUGAAGAACAUUGCCCACUUUAUUCAUACGCCAGAUGCAAGAAAGCAGGCAUUGAUUUCAAUGUAGGGUCUGGAGUCAAACAAAAUCUUGAUCCCAAAUUACUGACCAAUGGCAUCAUGGUUGAACUUGACGCUUUUGCCACAGCACUGCAAUCAUCCACAAAGUAUUUUAUCACAGAGAUACUGGAAUAUAAUUUUAAUCUUAAUUUGAACAAUGAGCUGGAUCGCAGUGCCUUUGCAGAGCAGACUAUGAGAAAAAUUAAUGCAGCAAAUGCACAUAAAAGAAAAGGCUAUGUUAAUCGACGGAUGAAACUGCCUUUUGAACUUCCCAACGUGACAUGCGUACAAGAACCAUCUACAUUUUGCCCCAAAUGCUAUCAGUACAGAAAUCAUGAGCUUCGUCAAGAUCAAUCUGACCCUGGUCACAUCCAUCGUCCACAUACCAUGACUGACACAGUCUCCGCUGAUGCAAACUGCACAGCACAACAGUCUGCAAAGGAUCCGUCCUCUACCUUCUCAACAAUAGAGGAGACAAUAAUGGACGGUUACCCUCACUGCAGGGAAAUAGGUUUGAAACUGUGUGUGGACAAAGACCAACCAAAAGAUAAACUGGACAAGCGUGUGUUGACACGUGGGAUAAUAAGUGAAGUGGUAAGUUUUGCCAAACAAUUGCAUGCAACAAGACGUAAAAUAAUUUGUGAUGUCCUUGAACACAACUUCAACAUUAGCAUGAAGAGGCGAUACUUAUGUCAUUCACAGCUAUUUUGCAGACCGAGGCCUCUAAAUGAUGCUUGGUUUGGUGAGGUUUUUGUUAUUCCACCAGUUUCUCGCAAACAUCCUGGACAUGUACGUAAACUGAAAAGGGCAGCUGCGACACAGAGAAGUGAAAUGAAGGAAACUAUCAAAAAAAGAAAAUUGGCACUGCAGACUAAGACGGAAAGAGUCACAGACCAAAGUCACAAUAUGAGGAAUGUAAAAACAAAGACUAAUCAUCGGCGUAGAGAAAACCAUUAUCCUAUUUGCACGGAGAUAGGUUUGGAUCUAGAUGUGACAUCAAAGUUAACAGAGAAAAACAAACUGGACUUGAAGCUUUUGACCAGAGCUGUAAUGAUGGAGAUACACAAAUUUGCAAUUAAGAAACUGGGACACUCUUUCCCACACACUGUGUUUGACAUCCUUGACUAUAACUUCGAUCUUAGCUCACAAUAUUACAGGCGCUGGGAAUUUUCCAUAGCUACUGCAUCCAAAGUCAGUAACAUGGUAAAGAGGUAUUGCAGAAAACUAGACAGAGCAGAUGAAGUCUUCAAAUUACCAUUUGUGUUCAAUCACAAGGCUUCACAGAGAUUUUUCAAAAAUAUACAAAAUCAGAAAAGUGCAAACUCUAUCCUGGACAUUACCUCCACUGACGUCUCAUUUGGUUCACCAACUGUAAACUCAAAUGUGAACCCACUAUUUACAAGUCACCCCGAUAAUACAGCGCUUUGUGGAGAUGAAGAGCAAACACAGACUAGAAGAAAUUUACCAAAAGUAUGUGACAUGGAACAAGAGGAAAUGGGAUCAGAGAACAGCUACACUUGUCCUUUGGGAGAAUCUGAUCUAGACUCAGACGAACUCUCAGAUUCAGAAAACGCUGGCAGUCAGGAUCAUUUACAAAACCCAAAAGGUUUUUCUCUGAGCUCUGACAUCCCUAGAGAAUCAGCACCAAGUUGUCUGAGUUUUUGUGCACUUCCCCCCACCACCACUGACGUCUCAUCCACUUUACCAACUGUUAACCCAAAUGUGAACCCACCAUUUGUAAGUCAGUCUGACGAAAGAGGGGUAUCUGGAGGUGAAGAGCAAACAGAGACUCCAAGAAAUGCACCAAACGACUGUGACAUGGAACAAGAGGAACUGGGAACAGAGAACAUGUGGAAGUUGCGUGCAAACCGUGUUAAACAAAUCCUCUCUGGACUCAACAGACAGUUCGGUCCAUUUAACAAGUCCAAGAAAGUCGGCAUUGAAUUCAAUGUUGGAUUUGGCCCAAAGCAAAACAUCAGUGUGGACUCUUUGACUAAUUCGGUUCUGCUUGAACUUGCUAAAUUUGCCUUAGCAGUUAAUGCAUCUCAGCAGGACUUCAUCAUGGAGAUUCUGGAGUACAACUUUGACUUUGGCCUGCAGAGUCAACACCAGAGGAAUAUUUUCACAUGUGAAUUGAUGAAACGAGUAAGACAGCUGAGAAGUUGUGAAGAUGCAGUCAAAUUCUCAAAUGAGGUUUUUGAACUUCAUGGUCACAUGCCAACAAUAAAUGUGGCAAUUCCGAGCGUGGGCAAUGUCAAAGAUGAACUCAGCGGCACAUCAGAAAUGGAGGAAUGUGAUGUUGCUCCUGUGUGUCGUCUUGAUUUACAUUCUGAAACUAAAGCUCAUUCACAGAAGAGUGUGGAUCUUCAUCCCUUCUGCAAGGAAAUAGGUCUGAAGCUACAUGUAAACAGUCGACCAAACAAAAAACUUGAUAUCAACAAACUGACCAAUGGAGCAAUGACUGAAGUAACAAACUUUACAGAAAAGUUGUGUGGGACAUUUGAGGAGAUUUGUCUGGACAUCCUCAGACACAACUUGGAUCUUGAUUUGCAAAGUGGAGAUUCUGAACUUGCUAGAAAUAUUCUUGCUCGAAUCCCUACUUUAAUGGAGCAAAGGAAUUUAUCAGCCUGUGUUAAACCCUACAAGAAUAUAAAGGGCACAAGAAAAACAUUCACAACAGUGGCAAAACUGGAUAGCCAGAACGACACAAAUAUAGAUGCAUGUGGUGCUGUCUCCUCCCAGGCCGCAAUCAUUGACCAGAAUGUUGGCAGUUCUCCUGACGCUGAACACCAAAAUGAGCUCAAUUUAACAAUGUGGAGACUGCGGGCCAGUCACAUCCAGCAAAUCCUCUCAAUACCUCAUGAAGAACAUUGCCCACUUUAUUCAUACGGCAGAUGCAAGAAAGCAGGUAUUGAUUUCAAUGUAGGGUCUGGAGUCAAACAAAAUCUUGAUCCCAAAUUACUGACCAAUGGCAUCAUGGUUGAAAUUAACGCUUUUGCCACAGCAUUGCAAUCAUCCACAAAGUAUUUUAUCACAGAGAUACUGGAGUAUAAUUUUGAUCUUAAUUUGAACAAUGAGUUGGAUCGCAGUGCUUUUACAGAGAAAACGAUGACUAAAAUUAGAGCAGUGAAUGCACAUAAAAGAAACAGUGUUUCUCGAAUGAAAAGACCAUUUGAACUCCCGGACACAAGGUGCAUACAAGACCUUACUUGUGACACAACUACAUUAUGCCCGAAAUGCUAUCAAGACAGAAAUCACAAGGUUCGUGAGGAUGAAUCUGACCCCGGUCACAUGCAUCAUCCUUGUCCACAUACCAUGACUGACACAGUCUCCGCUGAUGCAAACUGCUCAGCACAAAAGCCUGCAAAAGAUCGAUCGUCAUCCUUCUCAACAAUCAAGGAGAUGAUUAUGGACAGUUAUGCUCUCUGCAAGAAAAUUGGCUUGAAUGUGUGUGUGGACAAAGACCAACCAAAAGAUAAACUUGACCCACAUGUAUUGACAAACGCAAUUGUGAAUGAAGUGGUUCAUUUUGCCAAAACAUUAAGUGGAACAAAAAAUAAAAUUCUUAAUGAUGUCCUUGAACACAACUUCAACAUUAGCAUGAAGAGCCGAAACAUAACUCUGUCACAGCUAUUUAGCAGAGCGAUGCCACUAAAUGAUGCCUGGUUCAGUGACGUUUUUGUUAUUCCACCAGUUUUUCACAAACAACCUGGACUAGUACAUAAACUGAAAAGGGCAGCUGCCACACAGAGAAGUGAAAUGAAGGAAACUAUUAAAAAAAGAAAGCUGGCACUGCAGACUAAGGAGGAAAGAGUCACGCUGCAAAUGCAUAACAUGAGGAAUGUAAAAACAAACACAAAUCAUCGGCGUAGAGAAAACCAUUAUCCUAUUUGCACGGAGAUAGGUUUGGAUCUAGAUGUGACAUCAAAGUUAACAGAGAAAAACAAACUGGACUUGAAGCUUUUGACCAGAGCUGUAAUGAUGGAGAUACACAAAUUUGCAAUUAAGAAACUGGGACACUCUUUCCCACACACUGUGUUUGACAUCCUUGACUAUAACUUCGAUCUUAGCUCACAAUAUUACAGGCGCUGGGAAUUUUCCAUAGCUACUGCAUCCAAAGUCAAUAACAUGGUAAGGAGUUAUUGCAGAAAACUAGACAGAGCAGAUGAAGUCUUCAAAUUACCAUUUGUGUUCAGUCACAGGGCUUCACAGAGAUUUGUAGAAAAGAUUGGGCAUUGUGCAUCUGAAGAGCAAAUACUGACAAGAAAUGCACCAAAAGUAUGUGACAUGGAACAAGAGGAAAUGGGAUCAGAGAACAGCUACACUUGUCCUUUGGGAGAAUCUGAUCUAGACUCAGACGAGCUCUCAGAUUCAGAAAACGCUGGCAGUCAGGAUCAUCUACAAAACCCAAAAGGUUUUUCUCUGAGCUCUGACAUCCCUAGAGAAUCAGCACCAAGUUGUCUGAGUUUUUGUGCACUUCCCCCCACCACCACUGACGUCUCAUCCACUUUACCAACUGUUAACCCAAAUGUGAACCCACCAUUUGUAAGUCAGUCUGACGAAAGAGGGGUAUCUGGAGGUGAAGAGCAAACAGAGACUCCAAGAAAUGCACCAAACGACUGUGACAUGGAACAAGAGGAACUGGGAACAGAGAACAUGUGGAAGUUGCGUGCAAACCGUGUUAAACAAAUCCUCUCUGGACUCAACAGACAGUUCGGUCCAUUUUACAGGUCCAAGAAAGUCGGCAUUGAAUUCAAUGUUGGAUUUGGCCCAAAGCAAAACAUCAGUGUGGACUCUUUGACUUAUCCUGUUCUGCUUGAACUUGCUGAAUUUGCCUUAGCAGUUAAUGCAUCUCAGCAGGACUUCAUCAUGGAGAUUCUGGAGUACAACUUUGACUUUGGCCUGCAGAGUCAACACCAGAGGAACAUCUUCACAUGUGAAUUGAUGAAACGAGUAAGACAGCUGAGAAGUUGUGAAGAUGCAGUCAAAUUCUCAAAUGAGGUUUUUGAACUUCAUGGUCACAUGCCAACAAUAAAUGUGGCAAUUCCGAGCGUGGGCAAUGUCAAAGAUGAACUCAGCGGCACAUCAGAAAUGGAGGAAUGUGAUGUUGCUCGCGUGUGUUGUCCUGAUUCACAUUCUGAAACUAAAGCUCAUUCACAGAAGAGUGUGGAUCUUUAUCCCCUCUGCAAGGAAAUAGGUCUGAAGCUACAUGUAAACAGUCGACCAAACAAAAAACUGGUGAUCAACAAACUGACCAAUGGAGCAAUGACUGAAGUGACAAACUUUACAGAAAAGUUGUGUGGGACAUUUGAGGAGAUUUGUUUGGAUGUCCUCAGACACAACUUGGAUCCUGAUUUGCAAAGUGGAGAUUCUGAAGUUGCCAGAAAUAUUCUCACACAAAUCCCUACUGUAAUGGAGCAAAGGAAUUUAUCAGCCUGUGUAAAAUCCUACAAGAAAAUAAAGGGCACAAGAAAACAACCCUCAACAAUGGCCAUACUUGAUUGCCCUAGCAACCCAAAUGUAGAUGCAUGUGGGGCUGUCUCCUCCCAGGCUGCAAUCAUUGACCAAAAUGUAGGCAGUUCUCCUGACACUGAACACGAACAUGAGCUCAGUUUAAAGAUGUGGAAACUGCGGGCCAAUCGUAUUCUGCAAAUUCUUUCAGUACAUGAAGAACAUUGCCCGCUAUAUUCGUACUCCAGAAGCAAGAAAGCAGGCAUUGAUUUCAAUGUAGGGUCUGGAGUCAAACAAAAUCUUGAUCCCAAAUUACUGACCAAUGGCAUCAUGGUUGAAAUUAACGCUUUUGCCACAGCACUGCAAUCAGCCACAAAGUAUUUUAUCACAGAGAUACUGGAGUAUAAUUUUAAUCUUAAUUUGACAAAUGAGUUGGAUCGCAAUGCCUUUGCACAGCAAACCUUGGAUAAAAUUAGAUCAGUGAAUGCACAGAAAAGAUUCAGCAUUCCUCGACUGAAAAGGCUUUUUGAACUCCCUGACACGAGGUGCAUACAGGAACCUACUUAUGACAAAACUACAUUUUGCCCCAAAUGCUUUCAAGACAGAAAUCUUGACUUUCGUGAGGAUGAAUCUGAUCCCAGUCACACACAUCAUCUUCGUCCACAUACCAUGACUGACACAGUCUCUGCUGAUGCAAACUGCACAGCACAAAACCCUGCAAAGGAUCCGUCCUCUACCUUCUCAACAAUUGAGGAGACGAUAAUGGCCGGUUACCCUCGCUGCAAGGAAAUAGGUUUGAACCUUUGCGUGGACAAAGACCAACCAAAAGAUAAACUUGACACGCAUGUAUUGACACGUGGGAUGAUGAAUGAAGUGGUUCGGUUUGCCAAACAAUUGUGUGGAACAAAAAGCAAGGUCAUUAAUGCAGUCGUUGAACACAACUUCCACAUUGGCAUUCAGAGCAAGGACGUAGACCCUGCACGGCUGUUCCACAGAGCAAAGGCACGAAAGGAUGGUGGACUCGCCUGGUUCGAUGAAGUUUUUGUUAUUCAACCAGUGUCUCACAGACAACCUGGACAUGUGUGUAAAGCGAAUGACACAGCUGCCAUGCAGAAAAGUGAAAUGAUGGAAACGAUCAAACAAAGAAAGUUGGCACUGCAAACAAAAGAGGAAAAAGCCACGCUGCCAAUUCAUAAAAUAAGUGACGUAAAACCAAAGAGAACUCUAAGUAAAGGCAACUGCUAUCCCAUUUGCAUGGAGAUUGGUUUGGAUCUAGAUGUGACAUCAACAUCAGCAGAGAAAGACAAACUGGACUUGAACCUAUUGACCAGAGCUGUAAUGAUGGAGAUAUAUAAAUUUGCAACUCAGAAAGUAGGACACUAUCUGCCACGCACUAUUUAUGACAUCCUUGACUAUAACUUCGAUCUUAGCUCACAACAUUACAGGUGCUGGGAGUUUUCCAUAGCAACUGCAUCCAAAGUUCAAAACAUGGUCAAGCAAUAUCGUAAAACACGAGACAGAGCAGACGAGCUCUUCAAAUUGCCAUUUGUGUUUGCUCCCAAGUCUUCACAAAGGUUUGUUGAGAAGAGACAAAAUAAAGCACAGAAAAAAUAUUCCUGCGAAGAGACGGACCAACCGACCAAGGGAACAACAGAUCCUGGCAUGAUGAUGCAGAUGCAUGGGAAUCUAGUAGGUUAUGGUUUUCCUCUUAAGGGAAGCACACACGUUAAAGAGGAGUACAAUCCACAUUAUGGCGAUAUGCAACCAGAACUGGACACUGAGGAAAUAUACAAUCUACAUUAUGAUGAUUUCAUAACAGAGUUAAACACUGAGGACGUCGAGUAUUUAGUCCCAGGUGAACCUACAGGAUCUCUUCCAUAUGCUUUUUUAACCAUGUGUCCGAACACUGUAAGUGACAUGAAAACAGAACCAGUAAAUGACGGUGUCAAGUAUUACAACCUGGCUGAACCACAAGGAUCUGAAGGAUAUCCUAUGCUAGCUGUAUGUCCAAACAGUGACAUAAAAACCGAAUUUGAGGGUGUUAAAUAUUUAGUCCCCGUUGAAGCAGCAGCAUCCCAAGAAUACUUAUUGGUAACCAUAGGUCAGAGCAAUGAAGAGCAAGAACAUAUGCCAGCUGACCUACACCAUGAUGCAGUUGUGUCAUACGCAGAAAGUGAAGUGGGCUUCAAACCGGAAUGAACACCUUAAUGAUCUUAAGUGUAGUUUACACCAGAGGCAGGCAGCAGAUGCUAUUAGCUGCCUUCAUUAGUAUUUUCUUUUGGGAGAGAAUAAAGUUUAUGACAUAUUUCACCACUGCAGGAAUGUAUACUUUAAAAAGCUCACCAUUAAACUGUUAGUCAAGAUAUGGAGCUGUGUGUUCGAAGCCCAAACAGAUGGACAGAUGUGACUAACAUGUUUCAAUGCAAAGUGCUGUUGAUAUGAUUCUUUCAAGCUUUGUUUAUGUGUUUCCUUUUCUUAUGUGGUCAGCUUUUCAACAGUCAUUUUCUUGUUUUGUUUUUUUGGGAACUGUACUGUGUGGAUAGUAGAUUAUUGUAUUAUAGUCAUCGAAGACAUUCUAGUUUUUUAAAGUUGUUUUUUGUUAUUUUAAUGUUUUCUUUAUUUUUCAAAAGGAAAAAACGCCUAAUUACAAUGAAAAUAACCUGUGAUGUAAAUAGGUAAAGAUGAGUUUGUGUCAAAUUGUUUUGAAAUCAAAACUUCUGUGUGUUCUGCUCAAAUACUAACUGUUACCUUAUAUGAUAUGCUUGCUUACUUGAUUAUUUGCCUGGUGUGGUGCCAAUAAAUCUCACUGACCUUU